AGCCAAAGACUGACAUCAGCCUGCCACGUGCUAAGCUGCUGGGGGCAAAGGAGGUCAAGGAAAGAAAAAAGAUCCUGAGGGAGAACCCAGAAAGAGCAGCACGGCUCCGGACUGUGCUCAUCCCCCUCGAUGAAGUCAGAGCUGAGUGGGAGAAGACCAGUGGCCCGUUCCACAAGCAGCGCGUGGCAGAGCACUGCGGGAUAUUUCGUGACUUGUUCAAGGGAGCCACGUUCACUCCCUGGGUUACCUUGAGGGUGGAGUAUAGCCAAGAAGACGAGGACCUUGUGCCAGUCUACUACGGGAACAUGGUGACUCCAUCAGAGGCUUCCAGCCCUCCUGCAGUGUCAUAUGAGGCAGAUAAAGGCUCACUCUGGACUUUGUUGCUCACAAAUCCAGAUGGACAUUUGAGAGACACGGAUUCGGAGUACCUCCACUGGCUGGUGACAAACAUCCCAGGCAGCGACAUCAAGUCGGGUAAGGAGAUCUGCCAUUACUUGCCCCCCUUCCCUGCCAUGGGAACUGGCUACCAUCGCUUCGUCUUCCUCCUCUUCAAGCAAGACUGCCCCAUAGAUUUCAGCGAGGAUGUUCGACCGACACCGUGCCACAGCCUCAAGAUGCGAACCUUCAGCACAUUUGACUUCUACAGAAAGCACGAGGAUGCGAUGACCCCGGCAGGGCUGGCGUUUUUCCAGUGUCAGUGGGACAGCUCCGUUACUUGGGUCUUCCAUCAGCUCCUCAAUAUGAGAGAGCCUGUGUUUGAGUUCGUGCGGCCGCCCGUUUACCACCCACCGCAGGUAAAGUUCCCACGCCAGCAGCCUCUGAGAUACCUGGACAGAUACCGAGACACCGAGGAGCCCACCUAUGGCAUUUAUUAGGGGCCUGGCCCCCUCUCGAGGCGCUCAGGUGUGUGCUGGGAUGCUGGCCAGGCAGGUGGGGCUGCCGGCUGCCCUGCAUUCCCAGCGCUUUGCAGCUGGGAGCAUCUGUGCCU